AAAGAAUUGCAUUUUUCUUUGGCGUCAAUUGAAAACUAUGUUAAAUCGUUGGCUAAUAAUCGCAAUGUUUGUCAACGCGUUUGUUUGCGACGAGAGUCACACCGAUAGCCAGUUGGCGGCCAAACACUUGGCCCGUGUCUUACAAACAGCCAAAUGUGAUCAACCGAUGCCUCGUGUCGUGUAUUUGUCAAAACAUUUAUCCAAAUAUAAUAAGAAAUACAAACCGUUUGCCACUGUAUUAUAUGUAUGCGAUUCUGGCUCCGGAUGUUGUAAUGAUGAGACCCAGAGGUGUGUCGCCAAGAAUGUUGAGACAAUUGUAUUGCAUUUUUUGGCACUUGAGGUAACCGUCGAGGGAAACAAGAAGAGUGUCGAAGCCAUCACUUUUCGCAAUCACACCAAAUGCGAGUGCAGACAUAUAAACAGUUUUCGCUUAAGUUUCACCGCCGAUGAGGAACUCAUUCCCAGCGAUCACAUCGCUUGGGCUCUCUAUUCAAACACUAUCAAUGAAACCGGAGACAGGUUUGCACAGUUAGAAGUGCACACAAAUCCCAUACAUGGGGACAGCGCUCAGGCAUAUCACGCCGGUUUCAUCGAGGGAUACCUCACCGCAGACCUGAUGGCAAUGCAUUGGAGGAAUCAAAUAGAGCUCUAUUGUGACGAUAAGCACAAGUAUUGUAGAAAAUUGUUCAAAUUCUUGGACAGAAACCUAAAGGAAACUCAAGAAAGGGUUAGAGCGGAGAGAAAUCAAAGCUCUUAUUGGCAUCAAAUUGGACUCGUUUUGGAGCAGUUGACUGGUCUUCAGGACGGAUAUAAUGUCAAACUCUGGGGUCACAGUCCGGAGGGGCCGAGAAUGCAGGUCGACUCCCGAGGACUCAUUGCUCUGACAAUAAUACCAGAAUUGAGUGAAUUUGAGUUAUUCCUCAAUAAGACGGUCAAAACUAAAGGACGCGACGGUUCCUGUUCUGCAAUUGUGAAGCCAUUGCCCGACGGAAGUGACUUAUAUGUGGCACACAAUACGUGGGUUUGGUAUAGCAUGAUGUUGAGGGUCUUCAAGAAGUAUGAGCUCAAUUAUCGCGUUACCGCAGAUUCACAAGAGAUGAUACCCGGAAGAAUAUCAGCCUUCUCUUCAUACCCCGGCGCUCUCACAUCGAUCGAUGACUUUUAUAUACUCUCGUCAGGACUUGUAGUUCAAGAAACUUCUAUAACAAACAUAAAUACAGAGCUCUGGAAAGAUAUCCGACCGGAAGAUGUAGUUUUAGAAUUCAUCCGCAAUUUAGUGGCCAAUCGUUUGGCCGAAUCGGGCAAAGAGUGGUCUCAGAUAUUCGGUGAGAACAAUAGCGGCACAUAUAAUGACCAGUUUAUGAUCGUUGACUACAAACGGUUCCGGUGGGGGACGAGAUCCGAGCUCUCGAGUCCAGACUUGCUUUGGGUUUUGGAGCAAAUGCCGACUCUUGUCGUCUCGCAAGACGUAACAGGUGUACUGAGAAGUCAAGGAUAUUGGGCCUCAUAUAACGUUCCCUUUUUUGAGCAAAUAUUUAAUAUAAGCGGAUAUAACAAACUCGUUGAGCUUUAUGGUGAUUACUAUUCAUACAACAAUACCGCCAGAGCUCUCAUCUUCAGAAGAGAUCAAUCUAAAGUGAGAGAUUUGACAACACUUUAUAGUCUUAUGAGAUAUAAUAACUUUGAAAACGAUGCGUUCAGUCGUUGCGAUUGUGUGCCUCCGUUCACCGCCGAGUACGCCAUCGCCGCCCGCAAUGAUCUCAACCAACCGGACGGCACGUAUCCGUUCGACGCCCUCGGGUUCAGGGAUUGGGGCGCUAUUGAUGUCAAGAUCACGACCAAUGAUAUGGCCAAACGGUUCGAGAUGCUGGUCGUCAGCAGCCCUUCAUAUGAAAGACAGCAACCGUUUCAGUGGUCGACCACUAAGCUAUCGAAGAGCAUCCGACACGAGGGACAUCCAGAUAAGUGGGCCUUCAGUCCAUAUUUCAUCAAAUGGUAUCCAUACGACACAGAGAUCGCAGGCGUGACCAUCGCUGAGUCGCCCGCCCUUUAG